AUGACAGCUAUUGUUGUGGAAGCAGCAAACUGUAAGGGCUCAACCAGCCAAAUUGAUUUUGAAGUGCUUGUGCUGUUUGAUGGCAAGGGUGGCUUCAAUAGGAACAUUAGGAAUACUGUGAAAUCUCAAAUUGGUAGGUUAGAUGGAGAUGAAUAG